UUUCGCCAUUAAAUGAUGAGUGAGGACAUCGAUGUGUCUAAGCUGAAAGUACCAGAGUUGAGAGCCGAAUUAGGUAGGCGUGGUCUCAAUACUUUUGGGACAAAGCAAAUUUUAAUGGAUCGCCUAAAUGAUGCUCUCAAAUCGGCAUCGCCUAAUCUUGACAAGAAACAACCGGCAGACUCUGAAGAACAACCCCACUUGGCGUCUACGACUCUGUCGAGGCAACCGAGUCAAAACUCAGGACGUGAUGUGCUGGAUUCAAGUCCUAACGUCUCCCCACAGCGUGGGUGUGAGAACGGGUUAGUGAAUGAAAAGGAUAGCAGUCCAAGUAAUCAACAUCAAAAACCAGACCAAGAAAACCUCAAGCGUAGGCGCUCACCAUCACACUCUCCCCGCCGCAGAUCUAGGUCUCGAGACAGGGACUCUCGCAGGUCACCCCGUAGACGUUCCAGGUCUCCACAGGUCAAAUCAAAAAUGGUUCCGGAACCAGAUAAUUGGGAAGAAAGCGUAUCUGUCUUCUUAGACACUUACAAUUGUGAUCUAAACCUUAUAAUCGAUGCUACUGGCUCUCAGGCAAAACCUCUGACAGAGGGUGGUUUCUCACUAAUGUGGGCUGGAGUAAGAGCAAACUAUGGCUCAAUAUCUGGGAAGUCAUUUUUCGAAGUACGGGUAGUAAAGAAUCUCCCUGUUGAAAACUAUGACAGUUUGGUCGGCGGGUCAACUCACGUACUACGAGUUGGCUGGUCUACGGAAGACACCGAUUUCACUCUUGGUGAAGAACCUCAGUCUUUUGGCUAUGGGGGUACGGGGAAAAAGUCUACAAACAACAAGUUUACUGACUAUGGCUGUACAUUCGGAGAAGGUGAUGUCGUUGGUGCUUUCAUCGAAUGGACAAAUGUUGAAGCUCUGUUAAGGUUUAGUGUUAAUGGUGUGGACCAAGGGGAGUGCUUCCGUGUUCAAAAGUCGCAGUUAGGAGAACGUUGUGUUUUAUUCCCGCAUGUCUACGUGAAGAACGUUGAGUUUGCAUGCAACUUCGGACAAGAAAACCAGUCUCCUUGGUUUAGUCCUAAUAUCCCAUCUGAUGAUCCUUUAUCUUGGCAACAAAUAAAUUGUUUACCCCUAUCAUGCCGCGUACAUGGUCGCUGCCCACCUCAAUCAAAGUCUGAGUGUGAGGUGAUUAUGAUGGUAGGACUACCGGGAGCAGGAAAAACGUAUUUUGCUGAGCAACAGAGAACAGAGCAUCGUGAAAAGCAAUAUAAUAUACUAGGAACCAACCUUAUUUUAGAUAAGAUGAAAGUAAUGGGCAUUGCACGACAACGUAAUUAUCACGGGAGAUGGGAUGUUUUGAUUGACAAAUCAACGAAGUGUUUAAAUACACUUAUCAGUAUGGCGUGUAUGCGCCGUCGCAAUUACAUUUUGGAUCAGACAAAUGUGUACCCGUCAGCACAGCGCCGUAAAAUGCGUCCAUUUGAAGGUUUCAAGCGAAAGGCCAUUGUUAUCGUUCCUACUGACGAAGAAUUCAGGCGGCGAAUUGCCCAACGGGAAAAAGAGGAGGGCAAAGAAGUGCCUGAAACUGCAGUUCUCGAGAUGAAAGCAAAUUUCGGAAUUCCUAGACCUGUAUCUGAAGAUUCCUCUAGCGUUUUUGAUGAGGUUGUCUUUACCGAACUUGGUCUGGAUGAUGCAAAAGUCCUAGUUGCUCAAUACAAUCAAGAAGGACAGGCAAACAGGCAACCACCGGAAAAGCGCCAGCGUUGGGACGGUGGGAACCGUGACCGGGAUGACUCACGCAAUUCACGUUUCCGCGGACGGGAUAGCCGAGACCGUGGUCGUGACAUGCCACGUGGACGACGUGAUGAUUUUCGAAGCUCUCCGAACCGCCGGAAUGAUGAUCGUGGUCGCCGUGACUACAGAGGUGGUUACAAUGCCUCCCGUGAUCGCAGUCGUGAGGGAGAUCGCUUCGAUCGAAAUAGCGACCGAGAGUCGUUUGGUCGUCAACCCAGUGGAAGGUAUGGUGGUGGUCCUCCUAGUGGUCGUUUCGGGGCUCCGAAUCGCGGACCGUUCCCAAGUGGUAUGUCUGGACCGGGUGGUUUCGGAGGUUUCGACAGUUCUCGCGGUGGUAUGAUGAGAAGCGGUCCUGCAAGAGGCGGGUUUCCGGCACCGAAUUUUGAUUCGCGUGCUGGACGGGGUGCCUACCGUGGUUCAAUGGACCGGGUGAACCCAGGUUAUGGUGGACCAAAUGACCCAAUGUACAGUCGCUUUGAUGGUAAUGCAGGUGAUGGAGAGCCAAUUGGCAAUGCCUAUGAUAUGAACGAAGCUUCACUUUCUCAGCCUCCGUAUGAAGGUGGCCCAAUGAGUGGAGGCUUUAGAGGAGGGUACGGAAGUGGUGGUCGCGGUGUUCAAAUGCAGGGAUCUCGUGGAGCCCCCGGUCGUGGUGGAACGUCAAUGGGACGUGGAGCAAUCGCUCCAGGACGUGCAGCUAAUACUGACAGGGGUGUUGAUCGUAGUCAACUGGGCCGCAACGCGCCCGUUUCUGGUCGUGGCGGUACCCAGCCUGAUCGUGACAUGAUUGGUGGAUUUUCCGAUGAUAGCCAACAGUAUAAUAUGUACGGUGGUGCGGAAGGUUACCAAAACCCGACUGAGGAGCAAUAUCCAGGGCCACCAAAUGAUGAUUAUCGAAACAGACGUUUUGGUGGACCAGGUCCUUACAACUCAAACGCAUUGCAAAAGCCUGGUGGUGGUUAUUCUGCCUACCAAAGAGGCAAUCCCCCGUUCUCCGGUGGUCCAGCAGGAUAUCCAAAUGCACCUGGUGGUGGUUACAACCGAGGGAAUCUCCCUUCAUAUGGGAAUCCUAAUUCUGCUUCUAGUUAUCCCAACUCAUAUGCUGGUGACCAAGGUAAUUUCACAAACCCUGGCUCAGAUCCUUACAGUGGAGGUAUGGCAUCAGACAGGUCUGGAAGACCUGGAAUGCAACAAAAUUCAGGUGGUCCUUUUGGAGGAUCCCAUGCUUAUGGUACCAGUGAUCCUGAUAAAACAACCAUGUCACAGAAUGAACAUUCAAGUACAGAUAGUUCUAGCUUGUAUGCAUCUGGUGCUGCUCGGUAUUCCGACAAUCACCCCUCUGCUACCAAUAUCCCUCCCGUUCCUAGACAAUCACGUUUUGAUGCCAAACCAGAAACUAAUGCACCUUCCCAGACAAAUGCAUAUAAUAGCUAUCCUUUGGGAUCCAGUUAUCCAGGCGGAUUUACUUCAAAUGGUAAUCAAAAAGCAGCUAUCCAACCAUCUAAUCCUCCUGGGGGUCCUAGAACUGGGCGCAGUCGGUUCGAUGUUGGACCCCCUGCUUCCCAACCGAUCCCUCCAGCUGCCCCCGUACAGAGCACUACUUAUAACCCACCAUCACAACCAGUUAAUCGACCACAACCUCAAGCACAACAAACUGCAACGUCGAUCCAGGUAAAUUAUAAAAUUAUCCAUUCUAAAAUAUUAUUAAACCUGAUAUAAUGAUAAGACAGCAUUUCCUAUUAACUAUGUUAUGAUGAUUACCAAUGUCAUUCGCUUACUAACGUUUGAAGAAUGCUCAUCCUUGCCCUGAUAACGUUUUUCCUCCUAUCUCGUUUAUGAAGCUUGUUAAUUUUUUUUUCAGCAAGCUCAACCACAAAGUUACGGGUAUGGUUAUUCUACUCAGAAUACAAAACCUGAUGGAAGUAGCAAUGCAAACGCCCCUCCCGUUAGUCAAUCUUAUGGUGCGUACAACUAUGGGUACGGAUAUGGUACAUACGGGUCGCAAACUGCUCAACCAUCUGCAACGGUUAGUCGAUGUGCACCCACUACUGGUACCACCCAACAGUCACUAUAUGCCUCAGCUGUUGCUGAAAAACCCCAACUAACUCAACAGACAACCGCUCCAGCAGUUUCUUCCGCAGCAACUACUACUGCCACAUCUGACCAUUCGACACCAGCUGCAGCAGCUUAUGCCUCCUACUACUAUGGUGCUCCUCAAAGCGCUACAGGAAGUACCCAAGGAGCUGGGAAGUAUGAUGCAGCGAUGGUCGCUGCACAACAAUUUAACGCUUGGCAACAACAGCAACAGCCUUCGGCUGUGUCUGGUAGCGUAUCCAGUAGCGUCCCAAGUGCUCCAACCGCAACAGUAACUCCACAGACACCAGCCGCAAAUCCUUAUGCAAGCUAUUACCCUGGGUAUUCUACUUACCCAUCUGGAUAUGGUACUAUCCCAGUUGGCGGAGCUCCUCCAGGUGGGGUCCCAACUGCUGCCGCUCCGCCAGCAAUGAGUCAAUAUUACACCGGUUAUCGCUAAAAUUGAUUUAUGAACUUAAUUCCUCGUAAUACAUUUAGUUGAACUCUAAUUUGUUUCACAUUUCCAUUGUGCUAUCUUUUGUCUCACUCGUCCUGUCCAUUAUGCACAAGUGUUAU